AUGGACGACAAGGACGAGGUCAAGAUCAAGAAGAAACAGGUGCACCGCAAGUCCCUCUCCUGCGAGUACUGCAGCCGCUCCUUUGCCCGGCUGGAACAUCUCCAACGGCAUCUCCGCACCCAUACGAAGGAGAAGCCCUUCUCAUGUGACAUCUGCUCCAAGUCCUUUGCCCGCAGCGAUCUCCUGGUGCGCCAUGAACGUCUAGUCCAUCCCGCCGAGAGUGCCGCCAACCGCGAGCAUCGCGCACAGCACAAUGGCCACGAGAACCACCACCAACGCCACCAUGAUCUCCCCAUCCAACCCAGCAUCAUUCAUCCCCCGCAUCACGAGUCGCGCAUGCUAGAGUUGGCCGAUGCCAUCCCCGUCCACACCCAGCCCGUGCCUCCCCCGCCCCCGCCAGAAAUCUCGGUCCAGACACCAUCGAUCGUCGAUACACCGCACUUCAAUCCGUCCUGGGGAUAUGACCUGAAUCUGCUGUCGCAUGCGGCGAGCCAUGUGGCUCUGGAGGGCCAACAGGAAGGCCUGGAGUCGAUGAGGAAACCCACGCACUCGGCCAGCCAGUCGUCACAGCCACUUCCACAGGCCCAGGAACGAACCAUCACAGACAAUUACGGGGUCGAACCCUCGAUGCUCGACCUCACGGACCUAGGAGAUCCCGUUCAAGAUUUCACGGUCUUUCUGGAAAGCGUCGGGCUGUCCUCGGAUUGGGACUCGGGGGUAUUCUCAUCGGUGGAGGAACCGAUGCUGCCGCAAAACAUGGCGAUCGACUCCAAACCACCGAUGAUGAAUGACCCGCGGGUGACCGAUGACCCGCCAUCGUUUUCGAAUUUCGGGUCUCGGUUGCCUUCGCUCCAGCCGGAAUCCCACGAGAUUGACGACCGCGUUGGCCUGUCGGAUGACAGCCCCCGACCGGCAUGGGAUAUCUCUAAUUCGGACCGGCAAGUCUUCAUCUCAAAGCUCGAAGAGUUCUCCUAUAUUCUCCCCAAGAGCUUUGUUUACCCAUCACGACAUGCGCUAUCUCGGUUCUUCGCCGGGUAUAUUAAUGGACUGAAUGAACAUCUUCCAUUUGUACACGUUCCCACGCUUUCGAUUGCCAAAUGUUCACCGGAGCUGACGCUAGCGCUGGCCGCAGCUGGCUCCCACUACCGCUUCGAAAACAAUCGCGGGAUUGACCUAUUUUAUGCGUCCAAGGCGAUUCUUCUGGAGCGCUUGCGCCGCAGAGACAGCAAGCAAGUGGCUUAUCCAUCAUGGAACUAUUUCUCUCCCCCAACCGGAGUCCCCAACUCGCGUGGAUCAUCCAUGCUCUCCAAUACGGCCAGCAGCCCGUUCCAGCAGCACCAUCAGCAGAUGCCGAAUCCUCAAGUGUUCUCGUCCAUAUAUAUGCUGGAUGAUUCAGACGCACAUAUGGAGGUCAUUCGGACGUUCUUGCUGCUGACCGUAUUCGCAUCCUGGGAGCGACAUCCGGAACUCCUGCGGGAGAUUCUUUCGCUCCAGAGCACUUUGGCCAGACUCGUUCGAGAACACGGCUUAUCCGAACCCGCUCCUACGCUAGACCCAAUCACCUGGGAAGAAUGGUCACGAAGAGAAGGCAAUCGACGAACGAAACUCAUCGUGUACUGUUUCUUUAACCUUCACUCGAUCAUGUACAACAUCCCGCCCCUGAUUUUGAACGGGGAGCUGAAGUUGAACAUGCCCUGUUCGCAUGAGCUUUGGAAAGCCAACAAUGCCACUCAAUGGCGACGAGCGCAUCGGUACCGGCUAGGGUCCGACGUGCCCUUCCAGGAAGCGUUCGCCCGGCUUUUCAUGAAGUCAGCCACGUCUGUCCCCUCGGCACCUAUCUCGCCUCUGGGCAACUAUAUCCUUAUCCACGCUCUUAUUCAACAAAUCUUCUUUGCGCGGCAACUAUGUCUUUCCGCUCCGACAAUGCAAGGAACCAGCUUGAGACAGGAAGAUUUGAACGUGCUGGACGGUUCUCUCGGUGCCUGGAAAGCUCUGUGGAAACGCACGCCUGAAUCCAGCAUCGACCCUCAAAAUCCCGCGGGCCCUAUUGCCUUCACAUCCACCGCUCUCCUGGGCCUUGCGUACAUCCGCCUGCACGUCGAUCUCGGCCCCUGUCGCCACCUCAUUACCCAAGACCCAUUGCAAAUCGCAAGCGCACUAAGCUCCUCGCCUCCCAUUGCCCGCAGCCCACGUCUAAUCAUGGCCCUCCUCCACUCCGCCCACGCUCUUUCCAUUCCCGUUCGUCUGGGCAUCGACUUUGUGGCCCGAACCCACUCCUUCUUCUGGAGCAUCCAGCACUCCCUCUGCAGUCUUGAAUGCGCAUUCCUGCUCAGCCGUUGGCUCCUCGCCAUCCCCGCAACGCAACCCGAGCAGCGCCUGUCCGAGCACGAGCGCAAACUCCUCCUGUGGAUCAAGAGCAUGAUGGACGAAACAGACAUGGCUGUUGAUCCGCCCGGUGCUCCUGACCCGGAAUUCGUGGCUAAUCCUUACAAGGUCCGCCAGCUUAGCGUGGCCAUCGUCCGCGUCUGGGCGAGGACUUUCAAGGGGAAUACCAGCUGGGCUAUUGUCGACCUGGUUGGAUCUAGCUUGGAUGCUUAUGCUGAUCUCCUGGAGAGCUGA